AUGUGUGUAAUCUUCGACCGCGUGCCGCGGACCACAGCCUCGCCGUCGUACGCGCACCAGGGCGCCGUGGAGCGUCGUAGGGCACAGCGUCGUCAGCUGCCUGGCUGGUCGUGCGCCCAGUGCCAGCAGUACUACGAGGGCCGCAACCUCUCAUCUCAGGAGCUGGCGAUGCACAUGAACCGCUGCUCGAAGCAUCGCAGUAAGCACAAGCUGCUCCCCAACACACCGCAGGACUUCUGGAGACCUGACAUGAGCGCCAGUGACGACGACGACGAUGAUGUUUGAGCUUCCCAGAGGGUGCUCUAUGUGGAGGAUCCUUCUUGGGACUGGGUGCUCUAUGCAGAGGAUCCUUCUUGGGACUGGGUGCUCUAUGCUGAGGAUCCUUCUCGGGACUGGGUGCUCUAUGCAGAGGAUCCUUCUUGGGACUGGGUGCUCUAUGCUGAGGAUCCUUCUCGGGACUGGGUGCUCUAUGUGGAGGAUCCUUCUCGGGACUGGGUGCUCUAUGUGGAGGAUCCUUCUCGGGACUGGGUGCUCUAUAUGCGGAGGAUCCUUCUCGGGACUGGGUGCUCUAUAUGCGUAGGAUCCUUCUCGGGACUGGAUGCUCUAUGCGGAGGAUCCUUCUCGGGACUGGAUGCUCUAUGCGGAGGAUCCUUCUCGGGUAUCGCCACGUGUUCAUAUUUGAACUAUGUUUGUAAGAAUAGCAAGUGCACAUUGCUAGAGCAAACAAACGAAAAUUAAAAGUUGGCAGCGUUAUGAACUAGGAUAAUACAAUCUCAUUCUUUUAAUAUCCUUAGAAAAAAAUUGUCAUAUUUGCAUCGACUUGGCCUGCUCUCCCUCAUCACGAAUGUGCAGUACUUUUUUUUAGCAGGGAAUAAGGGUAGUAUACCAGUGGGAGCAAAGAAAUUACACUUAAAAAAAUACAUGCCAGGGAAGAAUAUAAAAAAUUGUACUAGUUAUGAUUGCAAUUGACUUCUUUCCUGCGUCAAAUAGUCAAAUUACCCUCUACGUAGACGAGAUACGUUAAUAGUAACAAAUUUACAGAUGAAAUAAGAUGUCUACACUACGAAUGCAAGUAUUUGGAUCAUUUUGACCAAUUACCUCGGCUAGCUGCAAAAUGUUAUAAUUUGUAAUGAGGAUUUGCCGAAGGAUACAAACGUCUCCGUCAAUAUUAGAAUGUACUUACAUCUGACGCCAUGAGGCUGCUCUAUACGCCAGUUAUGUAGGGACUAUAUUGUUACGCACCUGACGCCAUGAGGCUGCUCUAUACGCCAGUUAUGCAGGAGCAAUAUUGUUACGCACCUGACGCCAUGAGGCUGCUCUUUACGCUAGUUAUGCAGGGGCAAUAUUGUUUGUACUGAAUGUUGCGCACGUCAAGCAGUGGGCUAUUGAUAAGGGACAUUUACGCUCCCUUGGCUUCACAUGAAGGUUCUGCAGUGUCCCGACAUUUCUACUGCUACUCCGCGUACGGUGUAAUAAUAACAUGAUUAGAAUAAUGUCUUUCAGAUAGCGUAAAUGUCACUAUAGUAAUAUGCGCUGGCAGCCCAUGCUAAAUUUUGCUGGAUAUUUAUCCAUAUG